CAUCAAACCGGCAAUUAUCAAAACAAAAUUUAGAAAAAUACAUUUUUUAGUCUUUUGUGUCUUUCAAAACUUAUUUAAACUCAAGUUUUCGAUCAAAAACCUUCAACUAAACUUUUUUAACUAAAAUUUGAUAAAAAUCAAAAAUGAUCGCCUCAACAAAACUCUUACAUAAAACAAUUCUAAAUCGUGGAAUUUUGUUGUCUCGUCACAUUGGAAGCAUUUCUACGGGAAUUUUAGCACUACAGGGCAACGACGUUCAUACGACGCAAAAUUGGAAUAGAUUAGUUGUCAGUCCAACUGCGAACGUAAACAAAGUCAGCGGUGCGCUUUUCAUUUCGUACUUUUCAACGAAUAUGGCAGUAAAUCCAAUUGCAACUUAUGAAGAGGUCAAAGACCUUCCGAAUCAUCCUGAGAAACUUUUGAUCGAUGUUCGCGAACCCUCUGAACUUCAACAAACCGGAGUUAUUCCGACUUCGAUAAAUAUUCCUCUGGGCGAUGUUGCGACGGCAUUUUCAAAUAGCACGUCACCGAGUGAGUUUAAAGAGUUGUAUGGGAGACCAAAGCCUGAACAAGGCGAUUAUUUGAUCCUCAGUUGCAGGAGUGGGCGAAGGAGUCAAUUGGCGAUUGAUAUUUUAGAGCAAUUGGGAUACACAAAUGCUCGCAACUACAAAGGAAGCUGGACCGAAUGGGCUCAAAAAGAAGGAUUACCUUAUUAGUCUAAUCAUCACGAAGCAGCAUCCAACACCCGUUAACGACGUCAUCUUUGCUCGAUUUCUGGUUUUGAAUAAUUCAUCGAAAUUUUUUACCAAAUAAAAAAAUAAAGUUCAUUCAUAAUUUUUUGUUUUUUAUUGAACUCGUUUGAUAAAAAUGCAAA